AAACAUUUAUUUAUUCCUAGUGGAAUCAUUUAACUGUAGCAUGGAAUACAGUUCACCUGGUCUUUUUUAGCGAAAAACCGGCAUGGAGCGCCAUCAAACACCUGGAUUUGCAGGCUAAAUUUACUGAAACUCAGACAAUAUCUGACGGGUCGACAACGAAAAUCCCUUAAAACCAUUUCGAGCAAGCCAAAAUAACUAGAAAAAAUAUCAAACAACAACUGGUCACGAGGAAAAUAUCGAGCAGUAAAUAUUCGGUCUCCGUUAGGAGAGUUCUCUCCUGUGUUCAUUGUCAUUCUUAUGCAUUCUUAUCCAAAUCUGAGAUAAAAAUAUUUACCAGAAUCCAAGAAUAUCCUUAAGAAUAAUUCUAUCCUGUGUAGCGGCUCAAGGGAUUAAUGGAAGAGGAGCUUCCCUUCCCUUGGGCCUCUACGCAGGCUAGAAUAAUACAGCAUUACCGUUGGUGCAGCUUGUAAGUCCAGGUAUGUCAGUUUGUUAAACAUUUCAUUGUCUGUGAUAAUGCUUUGCAUGGUUUUAAUAAACAAUAAAUAAUUUAAUUGUUAACUUUGACGUCUAACUCUGCUAUCACAAAGUGCAGAUGUAUCAUACGCACUCCGUUAUUGUUAUUCUAAAGAUAUUCUCCGCAAUGAGUUGAAGUCACAAGGAUGUCUGGCUUUUAUAUUUUAAAGCUAUGGGCUUUUCUUUUAGCAGCCACAAAAGUAGCGUCAAACACUGAAGUGUGCGAUUCAGGUUUAAAAAGAUCACCAACCAUCAAGACGGGUCGUUUUAAAGAACACAAAGGAACCUAUCUUAAUGUUCCUGCAUUCUCUACAAGUUUGGUGAAGAAGAAGACCGUGUGUCAGGUAAAAUGCCUGAAGGAAAAAUCGUGUGUGGCUAUCAACGUCGCCUCAAGUGCUAAUCCCGAGGGGGAGUUCUGGUGCGAGCUUCUCUCUGACGACAAGUACAACUCUUCUGUCAAAUUUGGGGCCAACUCCACCGCCGACCACUAUAGCAUCUAUUCUCCUUGCCAGUCCAACCCUUGUCUCCAUGGAAGCCGUUGCCUUGCAACGUACACUGAUGACAAGUACACAUGCAAUUGCUCUUUAGGAUAUAAGGGAAAGCACUGCGGCAUGGUUUGUUACCAGGCCCUAGGCGUGCAGGAUCGAUCCAUCAUUCCAGACGCCCGUAUGACCGCGUCAAGCUACUAUACCGAUGGGUAUGAACCUCGAAACGGACGCCUUAACAACGUGUUCGUCAACUACACAGUGAAUCGGGGAAUGUGGACCGCAAAACAUAAGGUGGUGGGCGAAUAUCUCCAGGUCGAUGUUGGGCGUUUAGUUGGUGUAACCAAGGUAGCAACUCAAGGUCGACCAUCUACUGUUUAUAUUCAGUAUGUGACAAGCUACAAGAUAGGCUACAGCUCAGAUCUUAUCAACUGGAUUAUCUACCGCGAAGGAGGAAGUGAAAAGGUUUUUCCAGGCAACAAAGACGUAAGUAGCCCCGUCUACAACCAUUUUACUGCACCAUUACCAGCUCGAGGUGUCCGGUUCAUCGCUCAAACCUGGAAUUUAGAUAUUUCAAUGCGUGUGGAACUUUAUGGAUGUGGCUGAAUAGAUCAUACGAAAAACAAACACUCUAAGAAUUAAUCAAAGGUUUAUCAGAUGUUUACACACACGCACAAAAUUCAAAGAGGAACGUUUAUCUCGUCGGUGUCAUUAGUAACGGGAAUUCCUCCAUACUACCAUAUCAGCCAGGCGCACCGUUAAUUAGGAGACGGUACAUUUUGAUGAGUAAAUCACUUAGUUCAGACACAUUUCCUAAAGCAACAUAAUGUACAAUACAAUCAUAUUCAAUAAUCCUUGUUUAUCGAGGGUACCACCAUAUUAGCCGAAUUUACAGUUUUCUAACAUAUGGCCCUCUUAAGCAUUGUAAGCACUGUCACUGGGGGUGGUCACUGCCAGAGGGUUAUUUGCAUCCCUAGUGGUUCUUUUACGUCUAUGGCGAAGUUUGAGAAGGACGUUCGUCAUGGUUUUGGCAGGGGCGUAGCCAGGGGGGUGGCCCAGGGGGGCGCCCCCCCCCCCCCUUUUAGCAGCCAAAAAUACAGUAAAUGUAUGAGACUUUAUCUAAAACACAGGAGAAAAUGACUUGAAAGGCUACGCCGCUGUUUGGGGUCUCUUUGAAUGGCGUCAGGAAAAAUAUAGGCACUUCUAGAAUUAUUUCUCCUGCGUGACCCGGCAGGAAUGAAAAUGUUUGCAAUAACUUGAAAUAUAAUAUUACAGAUAUAAGCAUGCCAAGAUUGUGUCAAACAAUUUUAUUUAGAUGUUUAUUGUCAAAUAGCAUAAUUAUAUUGACAAAUAAACCUGAACGCUUGUUGUCAAAA